AUGGCUUCUGCUGAUAUAUAACCCUCACGUCUGGGGCUGAUACAAUAGUCGAAGGAAAUAACUUAUGGGUGUCGUCAUUUAGACAAGCUCGAGGAGAAGCAUCCUUUUUCUAUACGUAAUCAAGGCGCAAAGAAACAACGGACACUCUUAUCUUUUUUGAAUUGUAUAAAGAUCCAGACUAUUUAUUUGGUGACUGUGAAGAUGCCUGUUAUCAGAACACUCAGCAAGGUGGCUAAGCACGCCCUCCUGAGCUCAGGAUGUGGCUGUCAGCCAAUCACAGUGGCCGUACGGACCAUCAGCUUCUCGCCCCGCCAGGUCACCUCGGACGCCAGCUUCCACUCCGUGUCCUUCUCCGAGACAGACCAUCCCAAGGUGCUCAUCACAGGUGGCCUUGGACAGUUGGGGGUAGGGCUGGCUAAAAGGUUGAGGAAGCGGUUUGGAAACAACAAUGUAAUCCUGUCAGAUAUCAGGAAGCCUCCAAGCCAUGUUUUCCACAGCGGACCCUUCAUCUACUCGGACAUCCUGGACUAUAAGAACCUGCGUGAGAUCGUGGUGAACAACCGUAUCACCUGGUUGGUCCAUUACAGCGCCCUGCUCAGUGCCGUGGGAGAGGCCAACGUAGCUCUGGCACGCGACGUCAACAUCACUGGGCUCCACAACAUCCUGGACAUUGCAGCGGAGCACGGCCUGCGUCUGUUCGUCCCCAGCACCAUCGGAGCCUUCGGACCCACCUCGCCCCGGAACCCGACCCCUGACCUCUGUGUCCAGAGACCCAGGACCAUCUACGGAGUGUCCAAGGUCCACGCAGAGCUCAUGGGAGAGUACUACCACCACCGCUACGGCCUUGACUUCCGCUGUCUCCGCUACCCAGGCAUCAUCUCUGCCGACUCACAGCCUGGCGGAGGAACGACAGACUACGCAGUAGCCAUAUUCCAUGAUGCCGUCAAGACGGGGAAGUUUGAGUGCAACCUGAAGCCAGACACGCGGCUGCCCAUGAUGUACAUCGACGACUGUCUGCGUGCCACCGUGGAGAUGAUGGAAGCGCCUACAGACACCCUCUCCAUGAGGACCUACAACAUCAACGCCAUGAGCUUUACCCCUGAAGAGCUGGCUCACGAGGUCCAGAAACAGCUGCCGGACCUGGAGGUCACCUACGACAUCGACCAAGUCAGACAGGCCAUCGCCGACAGCUGGCCGAUGAAUUUUGAGGACUCUAACGCGCGGAACGACUGGGGCUGGAAACACGACUACGACCUCCCGGAGCUCGUCCAGACCAUGCUCAACUACAUCGGCUCGGACUCGCGCGUCGCACAGGCCAACUGAGGGGCCAGCGGCGGCGUGGUGCUUGAGUGGCGUUGUUGUUUCUUUGUACUGUUGUUAUAGAGGACGGAGACACGUGGUUUCUCUCUCUCUCUCUCUCUCUCUCUCUCUCCUCUCUGUGUCAUUUGGAAGGGCUGUCUGUCUGUCUCUGUCUGUCUGUCUCUGUCUGUGUGGCAGAACAAGCUACUACAACGUGACGGUUGGUCGCGCGAGAAAUAGCGGGCCGACUCCCUUCCUCCGGAAAGAGGGGUUAGAAGACAGGGUCUUGUUCAGAUGGAACAUCUCCGAGAGGUUCUCUUUAUGGUCGACUUGCAUGGCUAUGAACUGUUCACCGUAUCGUACCAUUGUGACAUUUUCAAGGCAAACAAAACAAAGAACGAAGCAUUGGUCAACCUUAAGCGCUUGAACCCUUCCUCUCUCUGCGGAGAGCUAAUGUAAAGGGUUACCUCUAUGUAAAGCUAAUGUAAAGGGUUACCUCUAUGUAAAGCUAAUGUAAAGGGUUACCUCUAUGUAAAGCUAAUGUAAAGGGGUACCUCUAUGUAAAGCUAAUGUAAAGGGGUUAACGAUUCUAUAAUUCUUUUGCCAAGAGCUGAGAAUUCAGGUAAAUGUACGGCCAUAAUCACAUUAAGUUAAAGUUUUAGAUUAAGAGCUUCACUGGUAUAAACAUUGUAAUUUGAUGCACUUUAAAGCAAGAGAGGACGAUUGAAACCCUUUUAAAAAUCAUUGAACAGUU